CUGGAUCUUCUAGAAACUUUCUUUGCUCGCAGCAAAAAAACUAAUCCCAAACCAUGAACAGCAACCGAGAAAACAAGCGAGAUGGAAAUGGGGGACCUCCCAAACGUUUCGAGGUCAAGAAGUUUGACGCAGUGGCCGUGUGGGCCUGGGACAUCGUCGUCGAUAACUGCGCGAUCUGCCGGAAUCAUAUAAUGGAUCUAUGCAUUGAGUGCCAGGCCUGCGGGGGACCGAUACCCUUCGAGCAGUGCACAGUGGCAUGGGGGACGUGCAACCACGCAUUCCACCUUCACUGCAUCGCGCGCUGGCUGCAGACGCGCCAGGUGUGCCCGUUGGACAACCGCACCUGGGAGUUCCAGCGAUAUGGCCCCUGAAGUGGAUGCAGAGCACGGAGCGCUCCCGGUGGAAGGCUUUUUCUAAAAAUAUCAUUAUUUUUGUACAUCAUCUAAUAUACAUUUUCUAAUGAAGUUUUGGACGCUUUUCCACAAUA